UUUUGCUGUUUCUUUCUGGAUAUGUCUUAUUCUGUCGUGAGCAGAGCCAAGUCGGUCACAAGGGCGGCUCAGCGCGGUGCAGCUGGGGAGGAGAGUCGGGACAGGGGUGGAGCAACAGGUAGAGGUGGGAUGGGCAAGGCUCCAGGGAGAGGCAGAGGUGCAAAGACAGAUGGAGGCUCAGGUGCUGGUACAGGACUCGGUAGAGGUUCAUUCAUAGGCACAGGUGGUGGGAAAGGUUCAGGUAAAACAAAGAUUUCAGGCAAAAGUUCAAGCACAAGCCUGGGUGGGGGUAAGGGCAGCUCUACAGUGUUGCAGAAAUGCACUGCAACUGAUCAAAAUGCAGCUCCACACAAAUCUGGUCAAAAAACAACUCACUGUUAUGGUGCAUAUUCUGUAACAGUACCAGAUCAGAAGAAGAGGAUCGACUUACAGAAAAAAGCAGCUGCAGAGCUGGCUGCCUUGGAAAAGCUGAAACAUCGAAGUAUUGGUCAAGUUUCUAUCAUUCCGAGUGCUGUUGGGGGUACGCUGACUCAGGAGGAAGUGAGGAAGAAACAGCAGCUGGCCAUUGAUAAAGCUAGAGCAAAACAGAAUAGUACACCAAUGUCAGUGCAGGAGCAAGAAGACAACCCUGCUUGUGUAUUGGCUGAAUGUAGUGGACAACAAAAUCCAGAAAAUGAACCCUGAACUGAACCGAACCAGCGGAACUUGCAUGACAGCAGCAAGAAGAUAACCUGCCACAUGCGAAUAGGGUCUCCCAACCAGUCAAAAAAUAAAGGCUCGACUAUUGUCGUAUCUCAGGGUAAUGUUCCUUUUUACCGUGAUUCAAAGCCUCUUUGGUUGCCCUUCCCCCUCUCUCAGAGCUUCAGGGAAAAAAAAUACCAUCCUUGUCUCAAACCUUGGGAUAUAAAAUAUAGCAAUUUAUCUUGUUAUACCCAAUAGUUUAUGUACUUUUGUUUAACGCUGCUUGAAGAAAAUUGCUUUAACCCUGAACGCUAAUGACCAAAGUUCCUCUUGCAAGAGUUUUUCAUGUUUUUUUUAUGUUUGUGCUUCACAAUAGCUGCUUUGAGUGGUUUAUCUAGACAAGUAGACUAAACAUCAUCUAGUGCACGGAAUGUAUUAAAUCAUUUCAGCAAUACAACUUCCAAGCUUUACACCGAACCCACACCAGCCCUCCAAGAUCAAAUUAAAUCGACUAGUGAAAAAUUCUAAUUAUCCAGAGUUGCACAACAAUCCCUUUUAUUAGAAAUGCAAACACUAUCUGGGUACCUCUGUGGGUUUUUUUUGUCCUUUUGUUCUGUUAUACUACUGAUAAUAGAAGUAUUCCAAGAUAAACUUUUCCUACCUUGUGUAGGAGUAAUACAUCUUCGCACAGGCCACUCCUUGUACUAUUGACAUCUGAUUCCAUUGACUUCAGUGGAACAAAAUACAAUUUGCAGCUGAUACUCUUGCUCAUGUUUGGGGGGGGGGGGGGGGGUCAUAACCAAAGGUAAAUUUCUCUCUCCAGUGUUUCUUCUACGACAUAUGAAAUGAUGUAUUUGGUCAAACGUGUUCUCUUUGAUUUCUGAUCGUAAGUGCAUGGCAUAUGAUUUUAACAAUGUAUUUGUCUGUGAAUAACAAAGAGUGCAAUGGCAGUAUAAUUUAGUGCUGCAUUACCAUCCAUUGGUAUCAUUGGAUUUGUUUCGACAAUUUUUGCAGUGAUAUUUCAAGUAAUAUUUACAGUAACAUGAUCUAUCCACCAUUAAUGUUCCAUAUACCUAAUGGAUAUAAAAGUGCUCGAUUCAUUUCACGCUGCAAAUGAUCCAUGAAUCUUUUACUAAUGUUGUGGUUAAACCCUUAGCAUCUUUUGAGAGAAUUCAGUUUUGCAGUGCUGGAGCUGGACCACAUUUCCACAGCUUUGCAAUAAACAUUUU